GCCGACUUUGCAUAGCAAUAACUCCGUACCUAGGCACCUAGGCGCUUAGCGCAGCAAGAGCAAGGCAGCGACUAAUUGCGCUGCGGCGCUCGCGCCGUAGGAGUUUUGCGAUCAGUUGUACGGCGUAGACCUCUCACAGAGGUAGGCUCUCCCUAAGCAAAACUUGAACAAAACGCCAUCGACGCGCGAAGCGAUGGCCAACAUGCUGGUGCCAACCAUGUGUCUGAUGCUCGCCGUCGGGCCGAGCAAUUAUAUCUUGUACAAGAUCGCCUUCACGAGCUACGGCGCGUCGAGCGCGCUGUUCGCGAUGCAAAUGGUCAAUGCAUUAUUCGUCGUCUACGGCGCCGUCGCGCUGUACGCCGUCCGCGGCGCCAUCACGGACGAGAUGCGGGCGAGCUCGAAGGUGCCGUACGCGUUGAUGGCGUUGCUCGACUGCCUCGGCGGUCUCUGCGCCGCGUUGGGCGCGGCGCGGACGCCGGGCCAGCUCCAGACGCUCCUCAGCCAGUCGCUCGUGCCAUGCACCAUGGUCGCGUCGGCGGUCUUCCUGAAGACGCGCUACGGCGCGAAAAAAAAGCUCGGCGCGGCCAUCAUCCUUAUAGGUGGGGCGAUCGUCGUCGCGCCGGCGUUCCGCGAGAGCGCCGAGACCAGCGCCGUCCUCAUCUACUGGGCGAGCAACAUUCCCAUGGCCCUCUCGGCGGUCUACAAGGAGUGGCGGUUCGCCGACUCAGAGGUCCAUGUUUUAUAUCUCACGCAGUACGUGUCGUGCUUCCAGCUGCUGUUCGGGUUCUUGCUCUUUCCGGCGCAGUGCCUCACCGACGGCCUGCCGCUCGGCACGGCCACGCGCACCUUUCUGGACGACGCCGUCCUCGUUGCUACGGGCGCCGACGCGUACCGCACGUCGCUACUCGCGCUCUACGUGCUGAACAACUUCAUCCUCAACACUUCUGGUAUCGUCGUCCUCAAGCUCGGCGGCGCCUCGCUCACGGCCAUUCUCUACGCCGUGCUCCUACCAUUGAGUACACUUGCGUUCGGCGCCCCGAUCCUCGGACAGUAUCAAGAACCGAUAGUAGCGACGACGCUCAUCGGUUUGGCCGUCGUCCUCGUCGGCUUCAGCUUGUACGAAUCGGACAGUCUCGUGCCGAAGGAGGUGUCGCUACGCGGCGUCGCGAGUGCCGCGGUCGCGCUGCGCCGGCGGCGCUUCGACGUCAGCGAGCAAGACCCCCUCGCUCCGCGGCGGCGUCGUGUCCAUGUCCACAAUCAGCCCGCGUUCCACGAACGGCUCUUGUUGCCGAUCCUGCGUGUGAGGAGUCGUAGCCGGGAAGCCCUCGCGGAACUCAUCGGCGGGACCCCCUCGCCUAGUGUGUGAUAAAUACGUUGUAUGUCUUA